GGGCAGGUUUCGGCUUUAACUCAGGAGGAGACUGGUCUAUCGGCUGAUCGGCUGGAAGAUGCCCUGCCUCGUCGCCACUCGUACCCGCCCAGAAAAGAGUCCCAACACGUUGGGAGGACGAGCGAUGGUAACAUGACAGGAGUGCCAUUGCGGUCGGUUAGCUUGAGGGUGUCUCGGAAGGGCAAGACGACUUUGGAAGUCGUGAGGGAGCACACCGCUAUGUUGCUCACGCCGGAGAAUCCACCACCUCCGGCUCAUCCCAAGCCGACUUGGAGAGCAAGUCUUAGGGCUGUCAUAACUUUCAGUUGGGUCAAUCUGUUACUCUUUGCCUCCCGGUCAGCUGGGCUUUCCAUUUUAUGACAAACGCCCACGCUUUCGUUGCCUUCAUAUUCGCGUUCUUUUCUAUUAUACCCCUUGCAAUGCUUUGGGAACUUGCAACAGAGGAGCUCGCCUUACGGGUCGGACGCGUUUUAGGAGGCUUGAUAACCGUCACUCUUGGCAAUGCUGUCGAGCUUAUUUUUGCCAUCAUCGCACUUGAACAAUGCAAACUCUCGAUUGUGCAAUCUUCCAUGGUAGGCUCCAUUCUUGGCAACAUCCUCCUAGUCCUCGGCAUGCGUUUUCUCUUGGGUGGAAUCCAUUACUCCGAACAAGAAUUCUUGGUUGUCCCGGCCCAGAUGAAUUCAUACUUGCUUGUCCUCAGUGUCAUCGCAGUGUUACUACCUGCUGCGUUCAACAUGGUGAUUACUAGUGACACUAAGGUGGACAGCAAUAUAAACGAUCCCGUCAUCCCCCAAAAGGAAGGGCAGGACAUUCUUCAGAUGAGUCACGGUGUGACCGUCAUUCUCUUGAUAAUUUAUGCAGGAAACCUGGUUUUUCAACUCUGGUCGCACGCCAACCUACUGAACGAAGCUACCGCCAAGCCCACCGAAUAUCCCAAAAACAUUAAUCUGAAAUACCAAUACCAGAAGAUGAUGGGAAAGAGGCCGCAGAAGACUGGACAGCGCUUCAGCAUGGAGUCAAGAAGUGUUGAGCGAGAUCCAGAGACGACAACUCUCUCAGAGGAGAGGAAUGAGCGACACUCGGGCGCGCGCCAGCCUAACCAGGAGGAACCUGCCAAGACACCUGGCGAAGUGGAGAGGGGUGAGAUUCUAUCCGAAGAAGAGGUAGAACAACCCGAGUAUCCUAAGAUGAACUUCCCCAGCUGUAUAAUGCUUCUAAUCGUUGUUACUGGACUCAUUGGUGUCACGGCUGAGUUCCUGGUGGAUUACAUCGACAACCUAACAGCCAGCGGCAAUGUUACCCAGGAAUGGAUUGGCCUGAUCAUCAUCCCGAUCCUUUCCAGUUCAGGAGAGCUCUUAACAUCAGUGACAAACGGGCGGAAGAAGGACAUCGAUUUCACCCUAGGAGUCGUAGUGGGGACUGGCGUACAAAUGGCUCUCUUUGUCAUCCCCUUCAUGGUCGUGCUCGGGUGGAUUAGGGGAAAGCCACUGACGAUGCUGUUCGAUCCGCUCGAAAGCGUGGUGCUGUUCCUCGCUGUGUUUCCCGUGCACUAUGUCGUCACCAAUGGUCGGAGUAAUUGGCUGGAGGGCAUGAUACUCAUCCACAUCUAUGCCAUUAUCGGUGUCGUCUUCUGGUUCUACGUGAGCAGAGCUCUCUCCCCACUGGGUAUGUCUACUAACAUGCAGCAUCCAGCCUGGCGCGGACACUUUCCCGGCUCUGGGCUUGACAUGCUCGUAAAUGCCGUAGACAAUUUUUCAGCUGUCUUCUUGAUGUGGGAUCCAGCGAAGUGGUCAGUUCCCCUGUCUUCAGAUCACUACCUUCCCGAGGCGAAUUACGUUUCCGUUUCCACUUGA